AACUCCCUUAAAAUUCUCACCUGGAGCCUCUUGAGGAUUAAGCGGAGAGUAGUAUCUGAAGCCGGAGAGCACAGUCUGCAUGGACUGCUCAAGACUGAUUGCUCUCUAAAGAAGAAGAGUGUCGUAAGAAAACUGGAAUAAUGUGGAAAUGUCUCACCUGAACCUUCCAGACCAGAUUCACACGGACUGUCCGAUGUAAAGGAUUUUACAGUGACGAACAAGGAAACUGAGGGAUCCAGAAGUUACAGGCUGCACGAUGUCAUCUGGCCGUGAGUCUGUGGGGGAUCUGAUUCCUCCAGAUAUGCUGCAGGUGUUCACUGAGGAGGGGCAGGGCGGCAGAAGUAAACGGGGCAAGAGACGGGCAGCAUCCUUCAGCCGUGCAUUCAAGUGGCUGAAGAGGCAGCGCAGGAAAAACCGCCGACGUGCUACAGAGAUGCGUGGAGACCUGCUCGCCACUGGAUCACCUGUAGAACUACCAAAAUCUACACUUAACACAGGCCCUAAAGAGGAAGCUGUGGGUGCUGUUUCUCUUCAGAAGUUCCAAGAAAAUGUGUUUGUGGAGGGUGAUCGGCCUAAAUAUGUGUUAGACCUGCAUACAGAGGCCCAGCAGGGCCUAAAACUGCAGCUGCAGGAGGAUGAUAGGAAUGGGAUUGACUACCCUGAUAACCAAAGUAUGAUAUCAACAGUAACGGCUCAGACUGAAGACAGCAUGGCCUUUAGUGAACUGAGAGGCUUUGAGUCUGAGAGCACAGCUGCUGAUUCUGUUUCGAUGCGCUCCUCCAUUUCCUCACGAUCAACACGCUCAGGACUCAAACGCCAAGCCUCAACAUUUAGACCUUUGAAGCCAGAUAAGUCUGCAGAGAAGACCAAGUCUCGUAGGAAACACGUGAGAACUGUUGUAGGAAUUCCUCGACACAUCCAGAGAGAACUGGGGUUGGACAGGGCAGCAUGGAUCACCACCAGUCCUUUUGAUGGCCAAAUGUCCAAUGGAGACGUGAUCAUACCCGCCAUAAUUUCCACUGUGGAUGGUGCGUCUACCAGCUCUGAACAAAAAAGCUUACAAGACCAUCUACAGGGCAAAGAGAACCUGCACACAGUUAAGGAAGACAACACACUGGCAAAACACAAUGAUGACAUCCUCCAAAGAUCUGUGAAUCAUUCUAUAGAUCCAGAAAAGUUCGGAGCAGGUACUCUUGUUGUUCCUUGGACAGAGAACCCAACCGGUGCGGUCAUGUCCAUCUCACCGCAGGCCACAUACAUGUCUAAAAUCAUUCCAAAUGCUGUACUUCCACCAUCUGUGGAUGUUGUGGAACUCAGUCGCAGCCGAAGUCGCAGCAGUGUCCGAACCGUCAGCAAGAGCAGCCUGGUGUCAGCCAGCCCAGCAUCCACCCGUCCAUCCUCCAGAGCCUCUUCAAAAUGUUCCACAACCCGCUCAGACUAUUCUGGGUGGAGCCACUCGGGAUCGUCAGAGACGCUAGUAUCCGAUUCCUCCACCAUCUCCAGCAGUAGCACUCCCCGUGUGGCCAGCAGAGAGAGUCAGGUUGAGAACACGGCUAGACCGGUCAAGCUGAACAACCAUGGUUCCCAUAUUGCGUCUAGAAAUACUCAUGUGAAUGGGGACUCUACAGAAGAAGAGGACAGCAGAAAAACAGGAUCUGCUGGUGCUUUCACCCGUAACCUAUCAGUGGUUAAACGGAGCAAGAUGCCUCCAGCUCCUCCCAGCAGGUCAUACUCCUUACAUGGGAAACAGACCUGGAAAAUAUCUGAAAAUCCUUCCACUCCAGAUGUAUCACCAUACCCCACUGUCAUUUCUGUAUAUGAAGUCAAGGUCACCACUCACGAGUUAAACCCUAAGAGAAGCAUAUCUCCUUCCAAUGGACUCACAAAUGUCCCAUCACAGGAGACCCACCCAGUCAGCACAGACAAGAAAACUACGCCAGCUGAGCUAAAGAUACACAGAAAUAACCUUAAAAUGUCUUCCAUCGCUGCACCCCAUUCAUACACAAAUGGCACCAGUAAGCUUGCUGAACUGAAGAACACCCUUCUGUCUGCAAGUUUAAUUAAUGGUAACAAUUCUUCCCCAGCUGUAAUGGCUCUUCGGUCUCUGAUUGACAUUCCUAACCAUCCCAAAGUACUGGCUCCCCCAGCUCCUCCACCAGAGACCUGGGCUCACAACCAGCGUACUUUUGAACUGCUGUGUGGGCCUGGCCCUGUUAACUAUGCACGCUGGGCUAAAAAGAGAGGUCUUAAAACUGCAGAUGAACCAGACAUGACCUCAUCAAAUGCUGACACAGCAUCAGUGUUGCAGGCAGUGGAGCUAAAAGGCAAAGCUGAAUCCUUAGCACCAGCCGCAAGUGUCACCUCAUCUCCAUCACCUCCCCCAGAGCAUUGCCCACCAAUGCCAAACAUCAGCCAAGCCAAACCUCCUCCACCCCCUCCAGACUUUGUUCCUUCAUCUCCUACACUAGCCGCCAAAGCUAUAAAGGACUUGACUUCUUGGAUCCCUCCACCUCCUCUGUUUCCUCCUCCAGCGCCUCCAGUUGGCACCGUUUCUGCAACUCCUGUCACUGUGCCAAAUGAUAUAGACUUCCCUCCGCCACCCCCACCAUUUUCACCACGGUCUUUACUUACAAUGCCUCAAUUACCACCAGAUGUUCCACCACCACCACCAGAUGUUCCACCACCACCACCAGAUGUUCCACCACCACCACCACCACAAGUUCCACCUCCACCAACACCACCUUCUGAACCACAGAAAAUCCCAUCCCCUCUGCAAGAAUCCCAAUCUUCGACACACAAUGUGUUAGUAACAUUAUCUGUAACCUCUCAACAAAUCAAUAUUCCUCCACCUCCACUACCCACUGAUGUAAGAUCGCAACAAGUGAUUGCUCCUCGUCCUCCACCAGUACCCACUGAUGUAAGAUCUCAACAAGUCACUGUUCCUCUUCCUCCUCCACUACCCACUGAUGCAAGAUCUCAACAAGUCACUGUUCCUCUUCCUCCUCCACUACCUACUGAUGUAAAACUGGAGGACAGACUAGAUACAACAGAAACAGAGAAACGGACAAGCAGUCCCUCUCCGGCCAGAGAGGAGACCUCCGGUCCAGUGGUCACCCAGUCUCUCUUACAGAUGGUUCGUCUCAGGUCGGUAAAGUCCAAUCAGGGUCAGGCUAUAGAUCUCAAUAAAUCAUCACAACCCAAACCAAAAUCAGGUGUCAGUCAAGAGGUGCCUCCAAAACCAGUUAGACGGUCUUUGAUUAUGACAUCACUGCCCCCUGAUGUGGAAGCUCUGUCCGGUACAGAGCCAAAAACUGAAUCUACCCAGAUCCCUCCAUCUGUCAACGUGCGCACAAACACAACUGUAUUAAAUACUCAGAAAGGGUCAACUGAACUAAAGACUACAGCAAAUAACAUUGUUCAAAAAACCCAAAACACAACACUUGAGCCAGAAUGCUCAUCAGCUACAAGUUCAACCACUGAACCAAGUAACACUUCAGCUCCUUCUGAACCAGAACUCAAACCCCAAACACUCAAGGAACAAAUCCAAGUUGCAGCACCUGUCCCUGCUACCCUGCCGAACAUAAUGGGACCAAAGGACCAAUCAAUCAGUGAGCCAAAGACUCAACUUCAGGCACAAGAACUCAAGCCCCUGCAAAAUCCAGAGAAGCAAUCAAUCACUGUUGAAAUACCCUCAAAGCUGGAGGAUGAGCAGCCUAAACCCCAAACACAAACGCCCACCAUCUCUUCCACACCUCCCGUAGCAUCUUUGCCAGCUAACACCUCCAUGCGUCUUCAGGAUGCCAUUCGUCUGAAGGCUGCCGCAAUGUCUACAAAAGACAACCAAGCAAAGCCCUUUGGUCUGCGCUCCCCUCUCCCAGUGAUGGCUGCUGUUCCCAACUCCCCUGCAUCUACAGCCAGCUUCAUCUUCUCCAAGAGCCCAAAGAAGGUCGUAAUAGAGACACCGUCAUCCUUAGAGGUUCAGGCUGACCUGAGGAAGACUCUGGUGGCAGAGUUAGCAUCUGUUUCCGAUUCGGCCAAGUCUAAUGACUCACACAAGACUGCUAACAAAGUUCCUCCACCUGUUUCUAAGAAACCCAACACUAAGGUUGAGAGCGUUGUUCAGAACUCUGCAGAGGCAGAGUCUGUUACCAAGACUGAGGAUGUGCAAACAGAAACUGUACAAACUGCCGGACAGGGAGUACAGACAGAAAACUCUGAGAGAACAACAAAUUAAUGAACGUGCACAAAUGAUUUAACCCUUGAGUUUUUGCUUUUUCGCAGAUAAACCAGGCUUUAGAUUUUAGGCUCAAACUGCUUAAGCAAUUUUGAAAUAUAAAAUACUAAAAAAGUCUUUAUGUACAGAUAGGCAUAUUGCACUUUUUGUACACUGGUUUAGUGUAACUGAUUCUCAUUCAUGGGAAUGCAUGUCACUGGUAUUUGGAAAUGAUAAAUAUUUUUAUUUUAUUUAUGUGUCCUCAGUUAUAGACAGAAGCCAUGCUACCUUCUAGUUUGUGGAACUCCCCCCUACUGGUAGCACUGUAGAAAACAGCAGGAGAGCACCAUGAGAAUGAUGUUUGCAAGUUUGUAAAACAUAGGGUUUACCAAUUAAACUCUAAAGUGGAAUUUUAGAGGUACUGGUGUAAAAUGAAUAUAAGAGCAUUACAAAGGAAAUGAAGGUAAAGAAUGUAAGUAAGAUAAAGAAUGAAAAGAAGCUAAACAAAAAAAAAAAAAGAAGAAGAAGAAGAACAGUAAGUUAGGAGCAUGGACCACUGAUUUUGGGGUGGGGAUGUGUAAUUAUUCUUUUUUCCAUCUAUGAUAUUUGCUGUGUACUAUUUUGCUAAGUCUAUAUUUUACUUUUAAAACACCAAAUCACUAUAUGUGAUUGUAAUAAUAAAACAGCACUCCCCACCCUAAGUAUUCAAAAAUAAGAACGUAGACAAGGAAUCUGAUCAAGUGUUUGAGAAACAGAAUGUUGGAAGCAAAUGAAUGGAGUAAAAGCUGUUUUCUAACCAUUGUCACUGCAAGUAGGGCCAAGCAGGUGGUCAGAAAGUAAUGAAACCGCAUAAACAAAAGGUCUAAGGUGUAAAUCUCUGUUAAAUGAUCUCUAUUGCUUAUUUUGUUUUUAUUUUUACAGAGAAGUUCAUUAGUUUACUCUAAGUUGAUGUACAUUACAGUCUACACAGACAAAUAAAAGAAAAUGAAUGUUUUUAAUAUAUGAUUUUUUUCGUGCACUAUGCUAAAUUGUUUGAUUUGCUGUUCCUUUGAUUUCAGCUCUUUGUCUCUUAUUAUAAUCUCUAUAAAGGAGAAAUGUCUUAUACUUACAUGUUGUUUCAAAACAGAUUAUCUACAAAGAUAAUCAUGUUUAUUCAUGUUUAACAAUGUUUCAUCAUAUGACAAGAUUAAAGACUGUACACAAAGUUACUAAAGUAGCUACAUGGUGACUUCAAAUCUGGCCAUGUUUUUAACAGAUUAUACUUUUUAUCGAAUAUAUCCGACAAUGCAAUAUUGCAACAUUACAAAUCAUUCAAAUAAAAGAAUACAUUAUGAAUGUUUUACAAUCACAUA